UGUCACUGAAACCAACACAAGCUGCAGUUGUGGGUUUGCAGGCAAGCUGAGCUGAACGAGAGGCGUCUCCAAAGUUUGAGUCAGAGAGUGUAAACAGAGAGGUGAGGCAGAUGGAGGAAGGGACGGAGCGAAGCAGAGAGACACACGUCUGGGAUAUACAUACAUAGAUGUGAGCUUUUACGGCGGGAGGCAGCAAGACGGGGAAAAGGUAUUUCCAUCGAAGCUUCUCUUUUUGAUUCCGUUCUGGGGAAGAUCUGAGAUAUUGUUUCAAAGUCACUUCAGACUGAUACUUCAAACUGAUUCAGUUUUUCCAACAAGCUGCCUCCUCUUGUCGUCAUGAGGUCGCUGGCCCUGGCCUCGGCCUUCUUCUGCCUGCUGUGCUGCGGCGCAGAGCGUCCAGAGAGACGCCGUGCUAAACUGGUCACGAUCAAACGACGAAACGACACAACCAUCCAGAACAUCAUACCGGAGAAUCCAUGUAAAGCCACGCCACUGGAUUUCGUCUUUGUCAUCGACAGCUCCAGGAGCAUCCGACCCGAAGACUACGAGAAGGUCAAGACCUUCAUCAUCAACCUGCUGCAAUUCCUCGACGUUGGCCCCAAUGCCACCCGAGUGGGGUUGCUGCAGUACGGCAGCGUGGUCCAGCCUGAGUUCUCUCUCAACACCUACACCGCCAAAGCCCAGGUGGAAGAGGCUGUGAGAAACAUGCAGCAUCUGGCCACCGGCACCAUGACCGGCUUGGCCAUCCAGCACACUAUGGAGGUAGAGCUCACCGAGGAGCAGGGGGCCCGACCGAAGAGCCUGCAAAUCCCACGGAUCGCCAUGAUCGUGACGGACGGGAGACCUCAGGACACGGUGGAGGAGAUCGCGGCUGAAGCGAGGGAGGCCGGCAUCCAGAUUUUUGCUAUUGGAGUGGGGCGGGUGGAGAUGAACACGCUGAAGGCCAUAGGAAGCGAGCCUCACUCUGAGCACGUCCACCUGGUGGCCAAUUUUAGUCAGAUAGAAACCCUGAUCUCAGUGUUCAAGUCCAAACUGUGUGGAGGAUCAGACAUGUGCAAAGUGGUGGAGCAUCAGUGCCAGCACAUCUGUGUGAGCAGUCCCGCCUCCUACAGGUGCAGGUGCAGAAAAGGCUUCUCUCUCAACCCGGAUGGGAAGACGUGUAAAGCUGAGGAUACGUGCGCUGCGGUGGACCACGGCUGUGAUCACAUCUGUGUCAACCUGGCUGAUGGCUACGAGUGUCACUGUCGUCCAGGAUAUGAGCUCACCAUUGACCUGAAGACAUGCAACAGAAUAGAUUACUGUGACCUGGGAAACCACGGCUGUGAGCACAACUGUGUCACCUUACCGGGAUCCUACGUGUGCAGCUGUAAGAAAGGCUUCGUCCUGAACGCAGACGGAAAGACUUGCAGCCAGAUUGAUCACUGCGGUGCUGGAAGCCACGGGUGUGAACAGGAGUUUAUGAACACAGAAACCUCCUGCGUGUGUAAAUGCACAAGCGGCUACACACUCAGGUCAGACGGGAAAACCUGCCAAAAGGUGGAUCCCUGCGCUGACGGCAGCCAUGGCUGCGAACAGGAGUUUGUGAGCGCCGGAGACUCGUGUGUGUGUCGAUGCAGGAAAGGCUUCACACUCGGACCGGAUGGGAAAACUUGUAAAAAAGUGGAUCCCUGUGCUGACGGCAGCCAUGGCUGUGAACAGGAGUUUGUGAGCGCCGGAGAGUCGUGUGUGUGUCGAUGCAGGAAAGGCUUCACACUCGGACCGGAUGGAAAAACUUGCAAAAAGGUGGAUCCCUGCGCUGACGGCAGCCAUGGCUGCGAACAGGAGUUUGUGAGCGCCGGAGACUCGUGUGUGUGUCGAUGCAGGAAAGGCUUCACACUCGGACCGGAUGGGAAAACUUGUAAAAAAGUGGAUCCCUGUGCUGACGGCAGCCAUGGCUGUGAACAGGAGUUUGUGAGCGCCGGAGAGUCGUGUGUGUGUCGAUGCAGGAAAGGCUUCACACUCGGACCGGAUGGAAAAACUUGCAAAAGUGUUGAUCUGUGUCAAUCUCUGGACCACGGCUGCGAACAUCUGUGUGUCAGCACCACUGACUCCUACAUCUGUAAUUGUAAUGAGGGAUUCCUGCUGGCUGACGAUGGGAAAAGAUGUGAAAGACCAGGCUGUCACGACGGAGUCAUGGAUUUGGUGUUUGUGAUCGAUGGCUCCAAGAGUUUGGGCCCCGCCAACUUUGAACUGGUCAAGCAGUUCGUCAACAGCAUCGUGGACUCGCUGGAAGUCUCCAGGAUGGCCACGCGCGUCGGACUCAUCCAGUUCUCCACCAAGGUGCGCACAGAGUUCUCUCUGGGCCAGCACGCCGCAGCGCGGGACGUCAAGCGGGCCGUGAGCCAGAUGCGGUACAUGGGGAGGGGCUCCAUGACCGGCUCGGCGCUGCGCCACAUGUUCCAGUUCAGCUUUUCGGAGAAGGAAGGCGCCAGGCUGAACGUCCCGCGCGUUUGCGUGGUGUUCACCGACGGAAGGUCGCAGGAUGAUGUUUCCGAGUGGGCCAGCAGAGCAAAGACCUCGGGGGUGACGAUAUACGCGCUGGGCGUUGGGAAGGCCAUUGAACAGGAGCUGAGGGAAAUCGCUUCAGAGCCUCCUGAGAUGCAUCUCUAUUACGCGGAGGACUUUGAGAAAAUGGGAGAAAUUACAAAGAAACUGAAGUCAAGGAUGUGUAAAG